AUGGUCCCCACGGCCUUCUCUGAGGACACAGAAGUCCCUUCACCCGUUCCCCCGAUGGCCAUCUCCUACACACCUACGGCCCCUGUCAACCGAGGAGACUCGCGCUGGGACAAGGGGUAUGGGAUAUGGCCGUAUAACUUGUUUAAGAAGCUGGGUAUCCCUGGACCCAGGCCUCUGCCUUUCUUUGGGACAUUUUUGGAAUAUCGAAAGGGACUUUCUGAAUUUGACCAGGAAUGUGCUAAGAAAUACGGCAAAAUGUGGGGCUUCUUUGAAGGCAGACAGCCCCUCCUGGCCAUCCUGGAUCCUGCCCUCAUCAAGACGGUUCUGGUCAAGGAGUGCUACACCCUUUUUACCAACCGAAGGAACUUCGGUUUAAAUGGAGAUUUGGAAUCAAACCUCUUCAGCACAGAAGAUGAGAAGUGGAAGUGGAUGAGAUCCGUUAUCUCCCCAACCUUCACCAGUGGGAAGCUCAAGGAGAUGUUUCCCCUCAUCAAACAACACGGAGACAUUCUGGUUUGAAACAUUGAGAAGAGAGCGGCUCGGGACGAGGUGGUGAACAUGAAGGAGAUUUUUGGAGCCUACACUCUGGAUGUCAUCACCAGCACUUUCUUUGGUAUCCACACUGAAUCCAUCAAUAACCCAGAUGAUAUUGUUCUCCACCAACUUAAGAAGCUGAUCUCCUUCAGUGUUCUGAGCCCUUUGAUGAUCCUCAUAGUGAUAUUCCCUUUCUUUGUGCCACUGCUGGAAAGCAUGAAUGUGACUUUAUUUCCCCGGAAGCAGAUGGACUUCCUUGUGAAUGUGAUCAAGCGUAUUAAGAAGGAAUGGCAAAGGAGUGGAUGCAGGGACCAUGUGGAUUUUCUACAGCUGAUGAUCGAUUCGCAGGCCACCGUCAGCUCAGAAUCCAGCAAGGCAAACCAGCCCCCUAAAGCUUUGACAGACCGGGAGAUUUGCGCUCAAGCCGUCACCUUUCUUUUUGCUGGAUAUGAGACCUCAAGCUCAGCCCUCACCUUUAUAGCUUACAACCUGGCCACUCACCUGCAGGUGCAAGCAAAACUUCAAGAGGAGAUCGACAGUGCCUUGCCCAACAAGGCAGAGCCCACCUACGAGGUCCUCUUGCAGAUGGAGUAUCUGGACAUGGUGGUGAAUGAGACCCUCCGGCUCUUCCCUCUGGUGGGCCGUCUGGAGAGAGUCUGCAAGAAGACGGUGGAGCUCAGGGGGGUGACCAUCCCCAAGGGGAUGGUGGUUAUAGUUCCCACCUACGUUCUACACCGUGAUCCCGAGUCCUGGCCCGAGCCAGAGGAAUUCCGUCCUGAGAGGUUCAGUAAGGACAACAAGGCGGGGCUGGACCCCUACGUGUUCCUCCCCUUUGGGACUGGGCCUCGGAACUGCAUCGGCAUGAGGUUCGCACUCCUGUCCGUGAAGGCCUCUCUCGUCCUGCUCUUGCAGAACUUCUCCUUGGAGAUGUGCAAGGAGACCCCGGUUUCAGUGGAGCUUGCAGACGAAGACGAACUAGGUGGAAAGACCUGGCCACCUGCUCCUGAGUAUCGGCUGGUGGAUUUCCACCCGACCAAGGCGGUGACGCAGGACCGGGCAGCGUUUCACGCCGUUCUUGUUCGGCUCUUCUUAGAAAUUUUCAGCAGCUUCCCCAUCAAGCGCUUCCUGCUUCUCCAGGUACACGGACAUGACGUAAGCGAAGUCUGCCUCUGA